AUGACCAGCCGACACUCGUCGCUGCCUUAUUUCCAACAACAACCCCUGGCGGGGCAAUUACCACAGCAACCACCAACAACCUCAUCGUUCCUUUCUCCCAACUCCACUGCUGCUGCAGCUCCAGAUCACAUUCCUUUGACCAUGCGCGAUGAUACCAACGGUUUCGCUACCGGCACCACACGAUCCUCAGACUCUUUUCGCCAACGCCAUUUCAAAAGGCCACACGAAGCAGACGAUCCCUUUGACGAUGUCGAUCUAUCUAUGGACUAUGACUCCAAGAUAUUCAAGGCGCGACAAAGAAAGGCCAUUGCAGACUCCAAAGCUCGUAAACGUGAUUGGCGUAUCAGCCUUGCUCUCACUGUAUGGGCUUUGUAUAUUCGCUUGUGGAGGAUCUCACAGCCAAGUUCGGUCGUCUUUGACGAGGUCCAUUUUGGUGGAUUUGCUAGCAAGUAUAUCAAGACACGAUUCUUUAUGGAUGUACAUCCACCACUCGCAAAAAUGUUGAUCGCGUUGGUGGCAAAGUUGGCAGGGUUUGAUGGUGGAUUUGAUUUCAAGGAUAUUGGCAAGGAUUACAUUGGUCCUGGUGUUCCGUAUAUUUCCAUGCGUGUGUUUUGUGCUUUGAAUGGUGUAUUGACGGUGCCCAUCGCUUAUUGGACCAUGCGACAAUCGGGUCAUUCAGUGGCUUCUGCUGUGGUAGCUGCCUUGAUGGUAUGCUAUGAGAAUGGCUUGAUCACCAAUAAUCGACACAUCUUGCUGGAUCCUGUGCUCUUGUCAUUUACAGCAGCUACAGCGCUUGUAUGGGUCAACUUUCAUAAUCAGCAAAACAGGCCUUUCCAAUUCUGGUGGUACUUUUGGUUGGCAUUGACAGGCUUGGGAUUGGGUUUGACUGUGAGCUGCAAAUGGGUGGGUCUAUUCAUGAUUGCUACGGUGGGCGUAUCAACCAUCAAGAACCUCUGGGAAAUUUGGGGAGAUACCCGUGUGCCAGUGCCUAUUUUUAUUCGUCAUUUCAUGGCACGUGCCUUCUGCUUGAUUGUACUACCAAUCACGGUCUAUAUGCUCAUGUUCGGUAUCCACUUCCACUCAUUGCCAAACAGUGGCGAGGGCAACGGAUUCAUGUCACCAGAGUUCCAGCAAACUUUAGCAGGUCACAAGCUCGCUGAUACACCUGUUGAUAUUGCUUAUGGGUCCCGCGUCUAUAUCCGUCAUAUGGCUACUCGAGGUGGUUAUUUACACUCCCAUCCUCAUGAUUAUCCAACUGGAAGCAAGCAACAACAAGUAACGCUCUACCCCCAUCGCGAUGACAACAACUGGUGGACCAUCUAUAAGAAGGAUACAGAGCAAGUCACUGGCAUUGAAUACAUCAAGCAUGGAGAUAUCGUACGCCUCAUUCACAAUGAUUCCAACAAACGCCUUCAUUCGCACGAUCAUCGACCCCCCAUGACUGAUUUGGAUUAUCACAAUGAAGUCAGUACAUAUGGAUUCCCUGGAUUCGAUGGUGAUGCCAACGACUAUUGGCGGGUGGAGAUCGUUGAUCAUGACAAGCAUGACCCCGAAUCCAAAGAUAGGCUACGAACGCUUCACUCCAAAUUUCGAUUGGUGCAUGUGUUACAGAAUUGCGCACUUUUUUCCCAUUCUGUCAAGUUACCAGAGUGGGGUUGGGGUCAACAAGAAGUUACAUGCAUCAAGAAUGGGAAAAAGCCAAAGACAAUGUGGUACAUCGAAUCCACCGAGAAUGCAUUAUUGCCUCCUGAUACAGAACGAGUGAAUUAUCGCCGCCCGGGAUUCCUUGCUAGGUUUAUGGAAUUGAACAAGGUCAUGUGGGAUGUUAACAAAGGCUUGACAUCAUCGCAUCCAUACGAUUCUCGGCCAUCGGCAUGGCCUUUGCUUCGACGUGGUAUCAACUUUUGGGGACGAGACUUUCGACAUCUUUACUUGCUUGGAAACCCAUUGGUGUAUUGGAUGUCAACAGCAUCUAUUGUCAUUUACGUUGCUUUUCGAGCUAUCCUCUUAUUGCUGGACAAGAGAGGCAUCCACAUUCAAUUGGCAGGUCUAAGGAAGUUUUACGAUGAGUCGGCUGGCUUCUUUUUGGUGGGAUGGAUUCUUCACUACAUUCCUUUUUUCCUGAUGGGCCGUCAGCUAUUUUUGCAUCAUUACAUGCCAGCACUUUAUUUUUCGAUUCUUCUAUUUGGUGUGGUAUUCGACUUUGUCACUGUACGUCUCGUAUCCAAAAAGCGCACAAUCGCAGCUGUGCUGGUUAUCCUUUGUGUGAUCACUGUAUAUCGCCAAUUCAUCCCCAUCACCUAUGCCGAACCCUGGACAAAGAAAGAAUGCAUGGCCCACAAAUGGCGCUCAACAUGGGAUUUUGACUGUGUACAGUUCCAUGAUGAGAUCUCACAAUACCACGGCACGCGCAUAGAAGGAAAUGCGUUUGGCAAAAUGCAAAAUGCUCUCAAAAGUUACUUUGCCAAGGACAAGGAACUUCCACCUGAAGUAGCAGAUGUGGUCAAUAUUGUAUCUGAUGCCAUCAAAGCCCCUGCUGCUGCUGAUUCAUCACCUGCUGAUGCAGCUAUCAAUGAUCAACAAAGCAUACCAUCACCAUAG